AUUGAGAUAGUGAGAAACUGAGAAUAUACCAUUUGUAUAAGAAACCCUAAAAUUUACAUUUCCAAAUAGCCUAAAACCCCUCGCAGCCUCCCCCAUCUCCUUCUCUUUCCUCGCCUCACUCUCCCUAGUCCACGAGCUGAGCCUCCGAAAUUCUUAGAUCUUAUCUUAUUUGGGCCAACGUAAUCGCAGAACCAAAUCAUGGCUCUGGUCUUGCAUUCAGGACUCCCAAAUAAGAAUGCCUAUAAGGCACUUAUUGCUGCAGAAUAUAGUGGUGUGAAAGUUGAUGUGGUCAAAGAUUUCCAGAUGGGUGUUACCAACAAAUCGCCGGAGUUUCUUAAAAUGAACCCUAUCGGGAAGGUGCCAGUUCUGGCAACCCCUGAAGGUCCUCUUUUUGAGAGUAAUGCCAUAGCGAGAUAUGUAACACGAUUGAAGGCUGAUAAUCCUCUCUUUGGCUCAUCAACAUAUGAAUAUGCCCUCAUUGAGCAGUGGAUUGAUUUUGCAUCCCAGAUCGAUGCACAUAUUGCCCGUUGGUUAUAUCCAAGACUUGGCUAUUUUGUACAUCUUCCCCCAGCUGAAGAAGGUGCCAUUGCUGCACUGAAGAGGUCAUUGGAAGCAUUGAGCAAACAUCUUGCUUCCAACACUUAUCUGGUUGGAGACAGUGUUACAUUGGCUGAUAUCAUUAUGGCCGUCAACUUGUUUUAUGGAUUUAGCCAAAUCAUGACCAAGAGCUUUACCUCUGAAUUCCCUCAUGUCGAAAGAUAUGUCUGGACCAUGGUUAAUCAACCAAAUUUCAAGAAGGUGUUAGGUGAAAUUAAACAAGCAGAGUCUGUCCCAGCUGUAGCAAAGAAGCCUUCACAGCCUACCAAGCCUAAGGCUAAGGAGGAGCCGAAGAAGGAGGCCAAGAAAGAGGCACCCAAGCCUCAAGUAGAGGCACUUGCAGAGGAGGAAGAAGCACCCAAGCCAAAGGCAAAGAAUCCUCUUGAUCUUCUACCCCCUAAAAUGGUUUUGGAUGAGUGGAAGAGGCUAUACUCCAACACUAAAACCAAUUUCCGUGAAGUUGCAAUCAAAGGAUUCUGGGAUAUGUAUGACCCAGAAGGCUACUCACUAUGGUUCUGUGACUACAAGUACAAUGAGGAGAACACUGUCUCAUUCGUUACCAUGAACAAGGUAGGUGGAUUCUUGCAAAGAAUGGAUCUUGCACGUAAGUAUGCAUUUGGCAAGAUGCUGGUGAUUGGAUCAGAGCCCCCAUUCAAGGUCAAGGGUUUAUGGCUCUUCCGUGGACCAGAGAUCCCUCAAUUUGUGCUGGAUGAGUGCUACGACAUGGAACUCUACGAGUGGACCAAGGUGGACAUCAGUGAUGAGGCUCAGAAGGAACGUGUUAGUCAAAUGAUAGAAGAUUUCGAGCCUUUUGAGGGAGAAGCUCUACUGGACGCCAAAUGCUUCAAGUGAUUUAGUGGUGCUGUUCAAUGCCGGGAGAGGUCAUGUAGUUUGGUCGUCCUCUGGUUUAUGCUUUUGUCAUAUUUAUUGCUUCCUCCCCUAUAUAACUUCUGUGUUAGUGUCUUGUCUUUAUUGACCUAUUUUCUAGUUCCUAUUUUUUUUUUUUUUUAUGUUUUCGGACCUUUUUUUUGCGGGAUCUAAGUCAGCUAGUGACAACAAUGACAUCUAAGUUCAUUACGAGCUUGCAACGAGUAGAUCUUGAGUUGAAAAAAAUUAAUGUUUGUGUGGUUUUGUAGUUUAAAUGAUUGUUUUAAACAGAUUAAUUCAACAAUAGCACUGUGAAUGGUUGGUUAAUCGGGCGAGCCGAUUUUGUGCUCAGGAAUAAUCUAUAGUUAAAUUGUUUUGUA